AUCCAAGGUUCGCUGGGUCAUAAAGCCGGCGUGCACCGGCGGCCCAACACAACCGCCCUGUUGAAAGGUACCUCUCCGCAAAAGCAGGACCCUGAAGCUACUGCUUAAUCGAUAUCUGCCGCGUCACAUACGAUUUAUUAGCGUUUUCUGUCCGCUGUUGCGCAGCUUGUCGCCCGUAACACUCGCUGUCCGCAGUGUGACCCCGCACCCGACUUCAAAGCGAAGCUUCCUCAUGGCUCUGGCCGGCGUGAGGGUCAUUGAGCUGGCGGGCCUGGCCCCAGCGCCGUUCUGCGGCAUGAUCCUGGCCGACUUUGGAGCCAAGGUGAUCCGCGUGGACCGGACCAAGGUCGGCAUGUCUUUAGACACUCAAGGGCGGGGCAAGCGCUCCGUGGCCAUCAACCUGAAGACGUCCGAGGGCGUGACCUUGCUCAGAAAGCUCUGUGUCCAGUCCGACGUCGUCCUGGAGCCCUACCGCAAAGGCGUGAUGGAGAAGCUGGGGCUCGGCCCGCGGGAGCUGUUGGAGGAGAAUCCCCGGCUGAUCUACGCUCGGCUGACGGGGUACGGGCAGAGCGGCUCGUACGCCAACGCCGCGGGGCACGACAUCAACUACGUCGCCCUCUCAGGCCUCUUAUCCCGGCUGGGUCGCAGUGGGGAGAAGCCCUACGCUCCGUUGAAUCUGAUAGCAGACUUUGCAGGAGGUGGUCUCAGCUGCGCUCUGGGGAUCGUCCUGGCUCUGCUGGAGAGGACAAAGUCCGGAAAAGGACAGAUCAUUGACGCCAGCAUGGUAGAAGGAGCCGCAUAUAUGGGUUCGUUUGCCUGGAAGUCUCGUAGCAUCGGUUUAUGGGACCGUCCGAGAGGACAAAACAUGUUGGACGGCGGAGCGCCCUUCUACGAUACCUACGAGACGGCGGACGGGAAGUACGUGGCCGUGGGGGCCAUAGAACCGCAGUUCUACACGCAGCUACUGAAGGGUCUGGAGCUGGACGCUGGGGCGUUGCCUCCUCAGAUGAGCGUCGACGAUUGGCCGGAGCUGAGUCGCAUCUUCACGGCGCGCUUUGCCUCAAAGACUCAGGCGGACUGGUCGAGGGUCUUCGACGGGACGGACGCGUGUGUCACGCCCGUGCUGCCUCUCGCCGAGGCGAGCUCGCACCCGCACAACCGGGAGAGAGCUUCCUUCGUGAAGGACGGCGGCGGGGGGGAGAGCCCCCGGCCGGCGCCGGUCCUCUCUCGGACUCCCGCGCAGCCUUGCCUCGCCUCCGACCCGGGCGUCGGAGAGCACACCGCCGAGGUCCUCAGCGAGUUUGGCUUCUCGUCAGCAGACGUGCAGCGGAUGCUCGCGGCGGGGGUCGUAGAGUGUGAUGCCGUCAAAGCAAAGUUGUAGGGAGCGAAAUGUGUAUCUGUGAUUUGAUUCGAUUGAUUAUGUUCCAACAUGAGUUUGCGUUCAUAGAUGGAACCAAUCGCCAGCUGUUUAACUCUUCUGGAGGUUUAUUGCCUGAACUGCGUGUGGCUGUUUUGUGUAAAAUAUUUCAUAUCUGCCAAGAGAAGAAAGUAUGUAAAUAAAAAUGUUCAAUAUGUAAAAUUUCAAAUGAGGCACAGGGCGCUUAAGGCAAUUUAAGAUAUGCAUCAUCGCAUUACAUUUAUUGUACCCCAGCUUAUGUUUAUUGCAGUCCUAUUAAGGGCGACCAUUGAGCGCCUAAAGUGAUGUUUUUGUGUGGAAUUCUUUAUUAUAACAUUUAUCAACAGCAUAACGUAAUUCAUUAAUUUGGGCUUCCUGUUGCGCUCUUCGUUCCGUCACGUCACAGCAGCCCGCCGAUGCUUCCAGCAGUUUCAAUAAUUGCUUUUAAGUGAUUAAGCACUCAGGCACUCAGUGGAGGACACAGAAUGAGCAGCAAAUGGACUGUGUUUAUAUUUUACAAAUGCUUUUCAUGUGUGCAAAGUCAGUAAUCAGAACACCUUUACUUAAAUUAAGAUUAUUGAAAUACUAAAGCCAUCACGAGAGGAUGUGCAAGCAUUUUGUAAAAUAAUCAGAAUAAAGUGCAAAUGUUUGAAAUGUGAGCGUUUCCCCACUCUGAGCGUGCGAUGUGAAGGAGAAAUUACUCAACAGUUUUUAGGGAGACUUUUCCACAGUAACUUUGUGUUUUCCUUGUAGAGCUUUCGCUUUAUCUCUUAUUGAGAAAGUGGGCUGCAACCAACGACUAAGUAAUGUCCAUGAUUACACAAGUUACACACACAAAAAGCUGCAAAUGCGCCGUCUCGGAUGCUUCGGGGGGGCCUCUUCCUCUUCACUGGGCAGGACGACGCGAUGGAUCGGCUCCAUCAGUGUGCCGGUGUGCACUACAUGGAGCUGAUGCCCUUUUAUGCAAUUUCUUUCACCCCCCCUUAAAGCUUUUUUACGUCUACCCGUUCUCAGCAGUGCUCAUUGUGUGUUUCCACUAAGCCUUAAUAAACACAGCGAGUGCAUUUCCUGAGUGAGUCUAUCAUCAACAAAAAAAACACCACCUGCAGAGGCAGCUUUCUGAAGACUUUGAAUUGGAGAAAAGUAAAUCAUUACCUAUUCAGCUCCCGUAUUUAAGAUGAGGCUUGGUUUUAGUUUAUGGUGAAAUAUCGUUUUGCACUCAUGGCAAGAAAAAAAAUACAAUAUAUAACGUUGUUGUUGUUGUUGUUCACAAAGCAUCAAUUAAUGGAGAAGAUUAAUCUUAAAUAAAGUAGUUGUAACUCUCGGCCUCACCUACCUGUUCAACGCACAGAAAAGGGAAAGGACAGAACACCUCCCUUUUCCUUUCCUGUGUAUGUCUAUAAUUAACUACAUAAUUACACACCUCCAGAGCUAAGAGAGAAAGUUGAUAAUUACUUCUUUUGUAGGCGGUUGGUCAAAACCUUUAGAGUGAUUUUCCUCUAGUUUUCUAUUUUAAACUCAAACACGACGGUGGCUUCCGAUAAGUCCGUUUCACGUCUCCAUCGUGUGUUUUUUUUGUUUUGUUUUAUGUGGUCACACAAUGUACUGUGUGGUUUUUGUUCUAGAAUUAUUAACUAAACCACUGAUCCUUCUGCGCAUACUCUCAAAACAAUAACCUCUCACAGGCCAUCGUCUCUCUGACGUGGGGGGGCAGAUCUUUUCAGAGCUUUUCCCCUCAUCACAGUUCCAACUCUGACGUCAUGAACGCAGCGUCACGUUGGGAAACACUGCGAUGGUGUCGUGUCAUAGUGAGUAGUUCUAUCGGACAACGGAGAGUCUGUACUCGGGUGUUAAACGGGUGCGCGUCACGUCUGCUGAGCCCAGAUGUUCAUGCGUCCAGAUGAUCUUGUGGUAACUCAUGGGGUAACAUGUAUGUCCCGAGGGGUAGAACAUUAUAGCCCACAUCCAGGAGUUAUGAGCAGCCCUUGGUGUCGCACAGAGGCCCUGCUGGUUUAUCACCUGCUAUGAAAAAAGGGAUUGAUGGAUGAACUGUUGUCAACUCUUGUCACCUCCUUGCAAGUAUUAGUUGAUAAAUGUCCCGUUUGAUGAUUUUA